AGGCUAACCACAAAGUCCACUAUUGUGGCUCAUCCUUAUUGUGGCUAGCUUCACAUAGAUGGGUCCGACCACCAUUAAUCAAAUAAGAACUGUCUUAUAAAUUAUGGUUAUUUUAGAUGAUGACACCUAGCUAACUAUAACUCCUGAAACAGAUGUUGUUUUGCCAUGUUUUUGGGGAAGAACAUGGUUUGCAUCCAUGAGUUAGCUAGCUUUUUUUUAUGACCAGCACUGUAGGUGCGCGAGACAACUUUACCAGCAUCAUAGCAUACAUAUCGAUGAAUUGUUGUGACAUAUGAAAUACGAGGGAUAGUGUAAUCAAUGUGUAAUAACUAUGUAAAAAAGUGUUAACGCAUUAAAUUAUGGGACAUGCAGUCAUAUUCAGGUCCUGAUUGGUCAACAAGCUUAUUUGACACGUCAAAUAUUGCAAUUUGACAUUUUGACACGCAAAGACCCAAACAGCGUUCCAUAGAAAUCCUGGUUGAGAAUGAAAUGACUGAACAAAUGAACAACGAAACAGCACAGCAAGUAAGUGAAAGAAAUAGGUUUUUAUUAUGUUUUAUUAGCAUCCCACCUCGUCAACAGCCAGUGAAUCUGCAGGGCGCCAAAUUCAAAACAACAGAAAUCCCAUAAUUAAAAUUCCUCAAACAUAUAAGUAUUUUACACCAUUUUAAAGAUACACUUGUAAAUCCAGCCACAGUGUCCGAUUUUCAGAAAUGCUUUACGACGAAAGCACACCAAACGAUUAUGUUAGGUCAGAGCCAAGUCACAGAAAAACACAGCCAUUUUCCAGCCAAAGAGAGGAGUCACAAAAAGCAGAAAUAGAGAUUAAAUUAAUCACUAACCUUUGAUGAUUUUCAUCAGAUGACACUCACAGGACUUCAUGUUACACAAUACAUGUAUGUUUUGUUCGGUAAAGUUCAUAUUUAUAUAAAAGAAAUUGAGUUUACAUUGGCGCAUUAUGUUCAGUAGUUCCAAAACAUCCGGUGAUUUUGCAGAGAGCCACAUCAAUUUACAGAAAUACUCAUAAUAAACAUUGCUAAAAGAUACAAGUGUAAUGCAUGGAAUUUUAGAUCCACUUCUCCUUAAUGCAACUGCUGUGUCAGAUUUAUAAAAAACUUUACGGAAAAAGCACACCAUGCAAUAAUCUGAGUACAGCGCUCAGAGACCAAAUCAACCCAAACAGAUAUCCGCCAUGUUGUGCAGUCAACAGAAGUCAGAUAUAGCAUUAUAAAUAUUCACUUACCUUUGAUGAUCUUCAUCAGAAUAGACUCCCAGGAAUCCCAGUUCCACAAUAAAUGUUUGAUUUGUUUGAUAAAGUCCAUUUAUGUCCAAAUACCUCCUUUUUGUUCGCGUUUAGCCCAGUAAUCAAAAUUCAUGAGGCGCGAUCACUAGGUCAAAAAGUUCCGUGACAGUCCGUAGAAACAUGUUAAACGAUGUAUAGAAUCAAUCUUUAGGAUGUUUUUAACAAAUCUUCAAUAAUGUUCCAACCGGAGAAUUCCUGUCUUUAGAAUUGCAAUGGAACGCAAGCUACCUCUCACGUGAACGAGCGUGGUCAGCUCAUGGCACUCUGGGAGAGACCUUACUCAAUCCCCUCUCAUUCGCACCCACUUCACAGUAGAAGCCUCAAACAAGGUUCUAAAGACUGUUGACAUCUAGUGGAAGCCUUAGGAAGUGCAAUAUGACCCCAUAGACACUGUAUUCGAUAGGCAAUGAGUUUAAAACUACAAACCUCAAGAUUUCCCGGUUGGAUUUUUUCCCAGGUUUUUGCCUGCCAUAUGAGUUCUGUUAUACUCAGACAUCAUUCAAACAGUUUUUGAAACUUCAGUGUUUUCUAUCCAAAUCUACUAAUUAUAUGCAUAUUCUAGCUUUUAUGGCUGAGUAGCAGGCAAUUUAAUUUGGGCACUGAAAGGAAUUUGAUUCCUAUGUGUUCGUUAACCAAUUUAAUUAUAACAAAGCAAACACUCUGUCCGUUUAUAAGAAUUUGUAAGGUUCUUAUUUGCAUAAAAUAGACAAACCAGCAACCAAAAUAAUCAAUGGCGUUUAUUCUCGAGAGAUUUCUACACAAAAUACCAUGUACAUUAGUUUAUAUAUCACACAUAGCGUCCUAAAAUGUCCCUCCUCUCCGACAAGACAAAGCUGAUUCCAAAGUCCAUUCCAACACACUAACGCACACACAUUACACACUAUAUCUGGAUUAUCUCUUGAAGUCUCACCACACUUUAUUACCACUUAGCUGACAGUUCCAGUCCCCCCCAGAUACGGAAAACCUGGAGGUGCUCUCGCUGUCUUAUCUCCACAGUUAUAGCUGGGUCGGUUCAAACAUAGGUUAACGAGUCUCUUUCUUUCGGCACAUACAUACAUUCCUUUCUUCCACAAUGGUUAUCAUUUUUAAUUACCCCUUGUCCAUGCUAUAUAACCUCUAAUCCUAAUGGUUAAGUUUCUGGGUAGAAUUAUUUAAUCAUUUAUCUUAAACCUUGAUAAAAUAUCUUAACAGGCACGCUUUUCAUCCAAAAUUCCCAAUGCUGUCCCCUACCCUAGAGAAGUUAAGGAUCGGCAUCCCGUCAACGGGACAGUUGUAAAUCAUGCAGCGCGUUAUGUCAAGAUCGCAGAUUGUAGAGAAACCACAAAUGUCGGUACAUAUAAGUGUCUUAUAUCGGCUGAAAGCUUAAGUUCUUGUUAAUAUAACUGCACUUUCUAAUUUACAGUAGCUAUUACUGAGAAAAAAUGCCAUGCAUUUGUUUGAGAGCUCCUAACAUUUUUUUCACCGCGAUAGGUUUGAUAAAUUCACCUCUGAAGGUGAAAUGUGAACUUAAAUUCUGAAAUCUUGCUCUGAUUUAUCAUCCAAAGGGUUCCAGAUAUAACACGAAAUGACGUUUUAUUAGAUAAAAUCCUUUUUCAUUUAAUAAUUGCAAUAGGAAAAAUAAUAAUUCAAUCUACAGCAAUUGUUUUAAGUAGACCACAACAAUAUCAAAGAGUUAGGAUGCUUCAUAAGUUGCAACAAACAGCAAAUAUACAAUGUGUACAAAACAUUAAGGACACCUGCUCUUUCCAUGACUUUGACUGACCAGGUGAAUCCAGGUCAGUCACUUGUUAAAUCCACUUCAAUCAGUGAAAAUGAAGGUGGGGAGAUUUUUAAGCCUUGAGACAUGGAUUGUGUAUGUAUGCCAUUGAGGAUGAAUGAAAAUUAAGUGUCUUUUGAACUGGGUAUGGUAGGUGCUAGUCGCACCGGUUUGUGUCAAGAACUGCAACGCUGCUGGGUUUUUCACGCUCUACAGUUUCCCGUGUGUAUCAAGAAUGAUCCACCACCCAAAGUUCAUCUUGACAACUGUGGCAAGCAUUGGAGUCCCUAUGGAACGCUUUCGACACCUUGUAGAGUCAAUGCCCCAACGAAUUGAGGCUUUUCUGAGGGCAAAAGGGGGGGUGCAACUCAAUGUUACGAUGGUGUUCUUAAUAUUUUGUAUACUGAACUUUAUCCCAUUACUCAACAAUAUGAAACCCGAUCUAUUUAAGUGUCGUGAUGUGACUACCAUUAAUGUUAUGGCUAUUCAUCGAAUAAUCACAUACCACAUUCAAUUAUUACGCAAUGAAAUUAAUCAUAUAACAAUUAAGUCGUUAUCUGGGGCACCACGGGAAAAGUUUAUUUAGCGAGUGUUUCCUGAGUUAACGCGAAUAUCUCUAUACUAUCUGUCAUCCAUUCAUUUGCUCCUAUUUCAGUCUCAUUCUGAAUGUCUUAGUAUCCUAUAAAUCUGUAUAAACCCUAGUCUCCAUGAUGAAUGAGCUUACACAAAUUGACUUUGUUUAAUUCAUUAGUUAAUUAUAUAUUUACACACACACACACACACACACACAAGAUUAUACACUGAGUAUUAACACGAUGCAAUAAAGUCCCUAGUGGACUAACCCGAUAUGAAUGCAAUGUACAUAAAGUCAGCAAAAAAAGAAACUGUAUUUCAAAGAUAAUUCGUAAAAAUCAAAAUAACUUUACAGAUCUUGCAAAGGGUUUAAACACUGUUUCCCAUGCUUGUUCAAUGAACCAAACAAUUAAUGAGCAUGCACCUGUGGAACGGUCGUUAAGAUACUAACAGCUAACAGAUGGUAGGCAAUUAAGGGCACAGUUAUGAAAACUUAGGACACUAAAGAGGCCUUUCUACUGACUCUGAAAAACACCAAAAGAAAGAUGCCCAGGGUCCUUGCUCAUCUGUGUGAAUGUGCCUUAGGCAUGCUGCAAGGAGGCAUGAGGACUGCAGAUGUGGCCAGGUCAAUAAAUUGCAAUGUCCGUACUGUGAGACGCCUAAGACAGCGCUACAGGACGGACAUCUGAUCGUCCUCGCAGUGGCAGACCACGUGUAACACCUGCACAGGAUCGGUACAUCCGAACAUCACACCUACGGGACAGGUACAGGAUGGCAACAACAACUGCCCGAGUUACACCUGGAACGCACAAUCCCUCCAUCAGUGCUCAGGCUGUCCUCAAUAGGCUGAGAGAGGCUGGACUGAGGGCUUGUAGGCCUGAUGUAAGGCAGGUCCUCAGCAGACAUCACCAGCAACAACGUUGCCUAUGGGCACAAACCCACCGUCGCUAGACCAGACAGGACUGGCAAAAAGUGCUCUUCACUGACUAGUCGCGGUUUUGUCUCACCAGGGGUGAAGGUCGGAUUCACGUUUAUCGUCGAGGGAAUGAGCGUUACACCGAGGCCUGUACUCUGGAGCGGGAUCGAUGUGGAGGGUCUGGGGCGGUGUCACAGCAUCAUCGGACUGAGCUUGUUGUCAUUGCAGGCAAUCUCAACGCUGUGCGUUAGAGACAACAUCCCCUUCCCUCAUGUGGUACUCUUCCUGCAGGCUCAUCCUGACAUGACCCUCCAGCAUGACAAUGCCACCAGCCAUACUGCUCCUUCUGUGCGUGAUUUCCUGCAAGACUGGAAUGUCAGUGUUCUGCCAUGUCCAGCGAAGAGCCCGGAUCUCAAUCCCAUUGAGCACGUCUGGGACCUGCUGGAUCGGAGGGUGAGGGCAAGAGCCAUUCCCCCCCCCCAGAAAUGUCCGGGAACUUGCAGGUGCCUUGGUGGAAGAGUGGGGUAACAUCUCACAGCAAGAAUUGGCAAAUCUGGUGCAGUCCCUAAGGAGGAGAUGCACUGCAGUACUUAAUGCAGCUGGUGUCUGUUAGCUGUACCCUGAAUAAUCAUUUAACCGUUCUAAGACCACUGUCCACAUCGGCCGCAACCCGGCAUGUUUUGGUCUCAAAUGUAACAUUUUUAGGAGUCCUUUUAUAAGCACACUGGCAAAAGGGGUGUUCCAUCCUUUUGGCAUAAUGUCUGUGCUCACGUGGGCGUGGUUACUGACUGGGUAAAACUUUACAUGAAAGAUAAUUCUCAUGUAGAAGGCUAAAAUAACAUUUCAUCUUCUCACAAAUAGUUUAAUCAUAAGUUCCACAACAUUUAGAUCUAAAUCUGAUAACUGGGACAUAUACAUUUGUAGAGUUAUCGUUAUUUCGUUAUACCGUCCUUAAUAUCACAAAACAACAAAUUAUUUGACAUGAUUAUUGUUUAGAGCCCCACUAACCAUUUCCCACAUUAUUUACGUUAGAAAUAUUGUUUCAAUGUCCAACCUUUUGAUGUUACAGUUUUGGCCAAGUGUCUCUCUGUAACACUCAAAUUAAAUGUUCAAUACUGCAGAGCCCAGAGUUUGAAAGGUAUUUUACUAUCCGGUUGUGAAGUCAUAAAACCGGGCCAACUUCAUCCUUCUACCCCUCUGCGGUAGAGAGAGGGUGCUGAAGAGCUGACCCACUAACCUGAUCCUUUGGGUCCUCAGGAGAGUCAUGACAAAUGGAACAAUCUUCCCAUAAAUCUUACAGGUAGAAUAAACCUCUUCAGAAUGGCAGGCUCCCAAAGUUUUUAUAAUUAUUCUCGGUAAUACCAACUACCCAACCGAAGACAGGCCUUUAAAAAGGUAUACUCAUCCAUAAGACUAUAUGGGCAAAUAAAACUCAUAAAAUGAACAGGGACAUCUCCAUAAAGGUGGUUUUAACCUUCCAGACUUGGGUGGCAAGUUGAUACAAUUCCAAGGCUUUUACUUGAGACCUACUGUUAAAUGCACUAAAGAGGAACAAUGGUACAUAUUGAAGAUAUACAUAUUAACAAUAUGGAAGGAAUUUAAACCGAUUCUACUUGAACCAAUAUUGCUUCCAAAAAACCCUAUUGAACAAUCCUUGGAUACCUUUUUCAGAAUGCACCAAUACAUUUGCUCACAUGGGAAACUAAAGGCAUAGAAACCGUGAAUUACUUGGUAAUAGGAGAUAAAUACAUUUCCUUGAUAGGAUUUAAAAUCUAUUUUGCACUGACCAAUGUAGAUAUUUUCAAAUACAUGAAACUUAUAAACAAGUUUCAAUAUCAAAUCUUGGGAGAAUUCUAUUUGAGUCAGAAAAGGAUAUUCAUAUGAUGGGUAAGAGAUACAAAACCUUGCAGAGAGCCUAACUGACACCCGCUUAGCAAAAAAUAUUAGCUAUUGGUACCAAGACUUAAAAAUAACUGAUAUUCGAUGGAGGGAAUGUUGGAACAACAAUGUAUGCUUAAUCCAAUAUAAACUACUGUAUUGAGUUUACUUUUAAUUUGUCUGUCUGCAUAUGUCAAGACAUGUCAUAUGACAGUGCAGUGAGAUACCCGAUGGGGUAUAUACUGAAAAUCAACCAAUCCUCAAUCGUUAAGACAAUGGAAAAAUCAUAUGCUUCAUUAUCUAAAUAUUGAAAGAGUGUGUGUGGGAGAAGAACAAAAUGGUGCAAUUUGAGUACGGAGAGUAGUGCAGGCACUGGAGAUAAGGGGUUAGAACAAGUGGGUAUUGUUUGUACACAUCUGUAUGUUGUCUUUUGUAUGUGUUGUAUUUAUUUAGUUUUUGAUAGAGAAAACAUUUUAAGAAUAAGCCGCCUCUUAUUUGCAGCCAUGGGCGAUAUCUCAAUAGGAGCUGAUCCAUCAUCAGUAUUGUGGAAUAAUUAUGUUAAAGUGAAAUGUUUCAACGUCAUAUUCAUCAGCACCACCCCAACAUCAACAUAUGUGAAUAUUGCGCAUAUCUAUGUUUUAUAGUAAGAAGUUUCCAAUGACAUCAUUGGUGUGCAUUGUGAUUUUGCCUACUAAUUGGUUGUCAUUGCAAACACUUAUCUUCAUUUUUUUUUUUUACUACAAAACAUUAACACGCCAUUUUCACAUACUUUUGUAUUUACCUUAUGUGGACACCCCUUCAAAUUAGUGGAUUCUGCUAUUUCGGCCACACCUGUUGCUGACAAUUGAACACAGCCAUGCGAUCUCCAUAGACAAACAUUGGCAGUAGAAUGGCCUUACUGAAGAGCUCAGUGACUUUCAAUGUGAUACCGUCAUAGGAUGCCACCUUUCCAACAAGUCAGUUCGUCAAAUGUCUGCCCUGCUAGAGCUGACCCAGUCUACUAUAAGUGUUGUUAAUGUGAAGUGGAAAUGUCUAGGAGCAACAAUGGCUCAGCCGUGAAGUGGUGGGCCACACAAGCUCACAGAACGGGACCGCUAAGUGCUGUAGCGUGUUAAAAUCGUCUCUUCAGUUGCAACACUCACUACUGAGUUCCAAACUGCCUCUGGAAGCAACGUCAGCACAAUAACUGUUCAUCGGGAGCUUCAUGAAAUGGGUUUCCAUGGCCGAGCAACCGCAUACAAGCCUAAGAUCAUGCGCAAUGCCAAGCUUCGGCUGGAGUGGGGUAAAGCUCGCCACCAUUGGUCUCUGGAGCAGUGGAAACGCAUUAUCUGGAGGGAUGAAUCAUGUUUCACCAUCUGGCAGUCUGACGGCAGAAUCUGGGCAUGGCAAUGCCAGGGGACAGCUACCUGCCCCAAUGCAUAGUCCCAACUGUAAAGUUUGGUGGAGGAGGAAUAAUGUUCUGGGGCUGUUUUUCAUGGUUCGGGCUAGGCCCCUUAGUUCCAGUGGGAAGGCCCUAGGGAAAGGAAAAUCCUAACACUACAGCAUACAUUGACAUUCUAGACGGUUCUGUGCUUCCAACUUUGUGGCAGCAGUUUGGGGAAGGCCCUUUCCUGUUUCAGCAUGACAAUGCCCCUGUGCACAAAGUGAGGUCCAUACAGAAAUGGUUUGUGGAAGAACUUGACUGACCUGCACAGAGUCCUGACCUCAGACCCAUUUUGAACACAGUUUGGGAUGAAUUGGAACGCCGAAUGCGAGCCAGGCCUAAUCACCCAACAUCUAGUGGAAAGCCUUCCCAGAAGAGUAGAGGCUGUUAUAACACUGAAGGGGGACCCAUGACUUUGGAAUGAGAUGUUCCAUGAGCAGGUGUCCACAUGUAGUGUUAGAUGAUGAAUAUACAUUUAGAAAAAAUAUGAAAUGUCCCAUUUUUAAGUUAAGAUUUGAAUAGAGAAAGCAAAUCCGAGAGCAGCACUGACUUUCUUUUGAUCCUAUCAGUAUGGGCACUAUCCUCUUUUAGAAUCUGAAAUGCUUACAUGCUCAUCUCUAACAUGUAGGCUCAGCAUUCCCGAACAGUCCCAUUUAAGUCAGAAUGUUGAACCAACUUAAUUUCUACUUAUAUUUGUCUGACGAUUUUGGCCCGAUGUCGGAGGUAAUCUUAGACAAAAUAUCCACAGGGAAGUGUUAUCAACCCGACCUUCAGUGCGCUGGUCUGUAUAUCGGUUUGUUUUUCCGGUUUUGUAUGUUCAAUACUGAUGCAACUCGAACGUGAUAAACACUUACACAAUAUGGCCAAGCCUGACCGAACCACAGACCGAACGCCGUCCCACAAAAUCAGCUGGCAAAUUUCACAAACACUUACAGCUGAUUGCAGGAAAUGUGCUUCGGUCAACUACGUUCGGUUAAAUUUGGCUAUUGUGCAUCACAUGCAAUGCGUCAGGAGAUUGAACACACAAGCGACAGAACCUACCUGCACCGCAAAAAGUCGGGUAAACAACACUUUUCUGUGGAUACCCCAUCUCCACCACCUACUGUCAAAAUGACCAACAGCACGGACAACGGUAAACCUAUCCACGACCUGAAGUACUCUGUGGUGAAGCGCUCCCUGCUGGGCAGUGUGUCAGAUAGUGGCUCUGUGGUCCUGUGGGACGCCAACACUCAGAAAGAGCUGCAUGAAUUUGAUGGAGCCCACAAGGCCCCCGCCUCGGGCCUGGCCUUCUCCCCAGCCAAUGACCUGCUCUUUGUCACCGUGGGCCUGGACAAGAAGAUCAUCUGCUACGACACCUCCAGCAAGAUUGUUCUCCGCAGCAUGCGUGUGGAGUCCCCAUUGACCGCCAUUGACUUCACUCCAGAUGGGGCAGGCCUGGUGGUGGGCUCCACCCAGGGCAGACUGUACCUGUACGACCUGCGCAACCUCAGCGCUCCCACCAAGACUGCCACCGCACACAAGACCUCCAUCACCAGCCUGCGCUUCCAGAGCUCCCAGAGCAGACACCUCAAGUCCAGUAAAAUGGCAUCCAGCAAGUCUUCUAGCUCUCACACAAGCAAGAGGAUCUCAGCCAGGCUGGGUAAUACCUACUUACCAGCAGCCACCCACAGCUCCACCUCUACACCCCCCUCUAGCCUGCUUGCACCCCACAUGGUAGAUGGAUGGGAUGGACAGGCACAGGGCACAGGCUCCAGUGUGGAAGUGGUCUCCAGAGAGGCGGAGGGCCAGCCGGGUGCUGACCGCCUGCCCAGUCUGGACAAGUUCAGUAGCGUGGGUAGAAACAGCCUGGACAUCUUCUCCCCCGUAAGAGACGAUUACAAAGCCCAUGGGAUGGGCGGUGAUGCUCCUGGUGGAAUCAAAGGGAAUGGGACCAGUUUGGAUAUGUUCUCCAGAGAAGGAGAAGGGCAAAACAGCACGGAGAAGUUCAGCAAAGUGGGACGCAAUAGUCUGGACAUUUUCUCUCCAGUCAGAGAGGAUUACAAAUCCCAUGGAAUGACCGCAGAUGUAUCAAGUGGGAAGAAAGGAAACAAUCUGGACUUCCUCCCUUCCUACUCUGGUGGACCCCCACACCGCAAGACUCCCCUGGGCACACCUGGAGGAGGGCGCUGUUACAGCCCCCUGUCUGUCUUCCAGACCCCUCAACCAAUCAAAGAGGAGGAUGCCGAGCCGCCAGCGCAGACAGACACACUGGAUUUGAAACGGUAUGAGAAGGGUGAAGGCCCCACCCCACACAGCCAACCAGCACAGCUGUUCUUCACCCCUGAACCCAGCCUGAGGGCGGCCAAUGACAUGCAGGCCCAACUGCGCUACAACACACCCCUCAAUGGUGGUCCGCACACUACUGCACCAGCAGGCCCUGCAGUUUCUUCAGUGGUAGCAUCCUCUGUAUCAGAGAGAAUAGUGGAGGCUGUUGGAGCAGAGGGUGGAGGCGCUCCCCUCACAUCACUGCAGAUCCAGUUCGUUCGCAACAUGAUCCACGAGACCCUGGAAGACUUCAGGGACGCCUGCCACCGAGACAUAGUGAACCUCCAGGUGGAGAUGGUCAAACAGUUCUACAUUCAGCUGAAUGAGAUCCAUGGUCUGGUCGAGAAGUACUCGGUCAACGACACGCUGGUAGAGGAGAUCGAGAAGCUGAGGGAGGAGAACAAACGACUCCGAGCCAAUUACUGAGAGGUUGACUUGGACUUACCACCUCAUCAACCCUAGAAACAGUUGUCCCCUCUCAACUCAGACAGAAUGUAUUAGGUCUCUGUGGGACAAUGCCUUUUUUUGUGUCCUGGUUUAAUCCCCUUCCAUCUUGGAAUGAAUUUACUCUUCAGUGCCUUACUGGUAGUUAAAGGAUUGACCAGUAUGUUCUUUGCAAAGUGUGCUAUCAGUCACAUCAAUCAUCUGUGACCGUGGUUAUCAGUGCUGGACAAUUUUAGCCCAAUUCCAAACCGUUCUCUCCCCUCGCAUAAAGAGAGGUCAACAAGGACCCAGGGACAGGAAGAUGCAUUGCUUAAAUACAGAGUAUACCAAACGUUAGGAACAGCUUCCUAAUAUUGGGUUGCAAUAUUUAACAAAUCACAUCAAUAAGGAAUCAUAGCUUUCACUUGGUCAGUCUGUCAUGGAAAGAGGUGUUCUUCUCUUCAGCAUAGUAUGGUUGAAGUUGAUAGUAUCUUUGGCUUUUACUGGCACACAAACAGAAUGAGGGCAUGCCUUUGUCUUUCACCAAUCAUGAUACUGUCUUUGGACUAGGCAAGAAAAUGUCAUAUUGGUCAUCAAUUUCUAAUAGUAAGUGGUGCCAAGCUCCCUCUGAAGUGUGCUGGCGCUGCCAAGUUUGCCCAUCAGAUAUUUGUUUUUGUUAUUGAUGUUUUGUGAAGAGGAAUAUAAAUACUAGAUGUGUACAAUUUUGUUAAUGUAAUUAAUUCUGGUUUCAAGGUGACUGUUUAUAGAAUCAUUCAUGGUGCAAACUGAAAACUUUAGAGACAGCAUGUUAAAAUUAUUUAAUUUAACAAUGAAAUACAGCUGCAACAAUGGCAAAAUAGGAAUUAAGAGACAAAAGUACUACUAUGUAUUUUCUCAAUGUAAACAUCUCUCCCAUAUACUAUUGAUAAAAACGAACAUUGAUGCUUGGCAAACACUUCAUGGUUGCAUCAAAAUAGAGAAAUGCAAUAGGAUGACCACUGACAGACCUAGUGCGUGUGUUAGGACUCACAAGUUUCUCUUCCCCACAUAUGUCCAAUUUAGGGAUAGUGGAUAGGGACCCUGCCAGAAGUUGUGCGUAGACCUGCUGGGCCUGGACCUCGGGCCUUUAUUUCAGGUGUAGCCAGGUAGGAGACAUCAGUUGUCUGAGAUCAGCUCCUCUGUGAACCGACAAAAAAAUUGACUAAGUAUUUUUUUUACUUAGUCUAAAUGCUAGCUACUUCAUAUUUCUGGAAUGACAUCCAAUUGAAGUGGACCACAGGGUCAGAUUGUCUGACCUCUCAUCUGACAGCACGCAUUUCCACAGGCAGUAGGUUUUACCCAAGGCUGUCUUCCACAGACGGAGUGUUCCAUCCUCUGAUCCGCUGGCAUAGAGCUCCCCGUCUGGACUAAAGCGAACACAAUGGACCGGCCCAAAGUGUCCCUUGUAUGACUCUACACAAAAGGACAGAGAUGGAAGAUUCUAUUGAAGUUUUUCCCAAGGUGAGAAGCUUGACUUCAAAGACAGAUUCAUAUGAACAUUAACUUGUCACAAUGAGUGGACAUAAACUCAGCAAAAAAAUAAACAUCUGUUCAGGA